AAUGAGGGAAUUUGAUGAUAUUAUAUCUUUUAUGGACGUAAUGGACUUCGAUGAAGAAAUCGUAGAUGCCCGUCUCAAAUCUAUAAUGGAAAGAAAUAGCUUCACAAAUCAACACUUAAUGAAUGUAACUAAUUUGUUAAACUACAAACAUUUAUUGAAUGUUAAGGAAUCUGACGAGUGCGAAAAUGAUUUUGAGUUUGAAUUUGUUGGAAAAUUAAUCAAAACCGUGAGCGAAGGAAAUAUUGAUGCAAUUUGCAAAAUUAUAGACAUAAUUCUCUCACUCAAUCCAAGUUCCAUAGUUACCAAGUCUGAACACUUAUUACAGCAACUGUUAUCGAAUAUAAGCUACCAUUUGGAAAAUGUGACCCCUGAGGAGACUCACGUUACUAUGCUGAUAUCCUUAAAGUUAUGUGAUAGUAUACUUGAAGCAAUUAUUAGAGUUGGUGAAAAAUUAUCACUACCAUUUUUAGAUGUGCCCUUAGAAAAUAUUGUGUUGAGCCAAAAUGAACAAUUAAAGAAACAUUUUCUUACAAUAACAGUUAAACGGUUUUUUGAUGGUAUCACUGGUUAUAAUAUAUUAGAUCAAAUAUGGAACUCUAUUCAGAAACUAGAUAAUAAAUUGAUAUCUCUUAAAGUUCUGUGUGUGCUCUCUAAUUACUAUCUACCUCUGCCUGACAAUCAUGGAGAUGUACACUUUGUAUCUAAUAUUGUUACACAGCCUGAAUUUUGGGAGAUUACCAUGUAUGGCAUGCUCUCAAAUGAUCCAUCAACUAGAAAGCUAGCAAUUUAUCUUAUAAAACGAGCCAUGGAUUGCAUGAAAAUUGGAAAUAAUACAAUUAAUAUUGCAACACAAGUUGUAAACAUAUCCUGGAACCCUGGUAAAGAAGCUGAAACUAAGAAAAUGUGGGACGAUUACUUCAUUCUUAUUGACAGCUUGGAGGAGAAACAGAGCAAUAUAGUUCUGCCAUCUUUACAACUGUUUGACUCCUUACAAGCGCUGGGGCAAUGUUGGUUAAGCUGCGCAUAUAAUAUUGGCUUGCAACAUGAUAAUCUUCAAGUAAAACUACAGUGUGCCAAGUAUAGAUUACAAACACCCAUAUUAAAUGACAAAGAAGCAUUGGUCUUAUUAGAAGCACUCAAUGAUAUGAAUAUAUAUGAUAGUAAGAGAGAAUGUGAAAUGUUGCAACUAAAGUUCAAACAACAAAUAGAUAAUGUAGACACCUUUAUACAUAUAAUUAAAAAUAUUACCAAAGUUAAAUGGUCACCAGUACCCAUCUUCCAUUUGAGCACUGUUUUAGGAAGUGUAAAUAAUGACAAAAUUGUAGACAGAAUUGGGAAGGAACAAUUGGUGUUAUUAAUGUAUGAUGUUUUAAAAGUACAGUGCAAUAAUGUGAUUAUAAGAAAAGCAUUUCAUAGGAAUUUAUCUCAUUUAAUUGGGAAUUGUUGUAAAGCCUUAGAUUGGAAGGAUCUGCUGAAUCUCUACUUGCAAUUAGAAGAUGAUUUGUGGAGACAGGAAAUGCACAAUCCUUUGCUAGAUGUAAUAAAAGACCAAUUGGUUAUCACUGAUAAGAAACAAUUUUUUAAUGAUAUAAUGAAGGCACAUGUUAACAUUGACUUUAUACUUUUGUAUUUAUCAGGACAUGAUACAGAUUGGGAUAUAUUUUUAAAAUCUGUUUGUGAAAUGUUUGAUGCUAUAGAAAAUGUUAAUCUUAACACUGAAUUGAAUGACAUUGAUAGUGUAUUAAAAGCAACCUUCUUAGUACAUCUCCUGCAGAAAGUUAAUAAUUUAGAAAUUAACAAUUCACAAAUUGAUUCCAUCAUAAAUAAGAAGAGUGAAAUAAUUUUUAAGUAUAUUUUUACUUUGUUGAUCGAGCCCGUAGAAGAUAUUGAUAAUGUUUUAUUAUUUUUAGACAAUAUACAGUUGAUUAUAAAAUUGAAUCUAAACAAUAAUUGUAUAAAAGAAGGAUUUGGAAGAUUGAGAAAUAUUUUUUAUUCCAAAGCCUGUGAAGUUAUUUAUGUUUUAUUACAAAAUCAUUCUAGUAAAAAUAGGUGUGAUUGCAAUGAAAUUAUUAAAUAUAUAGAUCUUGCACUAGAAUGUGGAGGGUAUAGUUGUAUUCAAUGGAUCCUGAAUAUCAUAGAUUGCAUUCUACCAGAGAUUUUAAAGGAAGAAAAUGCUAAAUUUGAUGUGUCAAGCUUCUUAUGCAGAACUUGGAAUGAGAUAGAAGCACUAAAAACAAACAAACAGUAUUCAGAUUGUAUUGAAUGUUUUGUUAAAAUAGUAACAAAUAAUGCACUGCUGAAAGAACCUAUAUACAACAAUGUGAUAAUUACAUACUGUAGCAAGAUUAUAGAAUAUGCGGCUAUGAAGAAUAUACCGUUGUAUUAUUUAGUGGAAGCUAUGGGAAAAAGAGAUGUAUUAAAGUUUGGACACAUGGUGUAUAUAUUUUGUGAAGUAUUAUUAGCUACUGCUGUGCCAAGGAAAGACCAAAGGAUAAUGGAAAAUUUAAUAGUUGAAUUAUCAAAAACGUAUGACUUGGGAAAUGUAAGGGCUCGACUAUACACGAAUUUUCAUAUUAAAUAUGAAUCCCUAUUACUUUUAAGCAAAGUCACUGAUGCUGAUACUUUAGAAACAAUAGCAACUUUAACAAUAAAGAAGAUUGAUGAGUUAUUCAGAAAUAAACAAAGAUAUCACAGUAAUUCGUCAUUACACCGCACAUUGCGGAUUGGGUUGCAACAUUUGCUUCUAAUAUUUUUAAAACACAGAUCAAAUUAUGUGGAAAAUGUUGCUUUAUGGUGUUUAGAGUUUCUGGGGAAGAUACCCCACCAGCCAUCAAUUCGACUUUAUUUGGAGUGGUACAUUACCCUAUACUGCUAUUACAAGGAAGAACAGAUUACAGAGCUCUUAUUAGAUAGCUUUAAAACGAAAAAUGUACCAAUUACGUCACAGUUUAUGAUUUUAUACUGGUUAUUAGUGCACAAAAUGAAAAGAAAUGUCUGCCAGCAGUGUGAAUAUGACUUGGUAAUGGAUACCUAUAUGGAGAAUACUAUGGGACCUACUUACAGCGUUAGGCUGUAUGCGCAAUACCUUGCCAAAAGAAUAUUUUAUUUAGCCAACGACAAAGACAAAAUAGACACUUCUAUAUAUAAACAAACAAUAAGAAUUAUAGACCGAACAUUAAAUGAAGCAUCUAAAUUGAAAGAGAAGAGUUUUGACAAACUAAUGAAUGACUUCCUAGUUCAUGAAUUUGAUAUUAUUGAAUAUUUAUUGCCGUCCGCUAUUUAUAAUGGCGAAUUUCUACAUGAAGAAUGGAAUAAUGAAAUGAUCAAUGAAGUAUACGCUUUAAAUGUUUUUAAUGAAAUGAUUGAACUUAUUAGGAAGAGUUCACACGAUAAAUUUAUAAAUGAAUGGAUGGAAACUCACAAAAGUCAAGAAGAAGUGAUGAAAAUUAAAGCGCAUUUGAAAAAUGCUGAUAUAAUUGAUAAUGUUAGAGAUGGUAUCGGGACUAUACAGAAGAAAUAUAUACCGUGGAAAAAUAUGAGCGAUAUCGACGUGCCUGACAUGAAAAGAACGGAGAGUAACAGCGAGUUAAUUGUGGUGGCGUCUCUUAUCGACAAGUUGCCCAAUUUGGGGGGCAUGGCGCGAACCAGCGAGGUGUUCGGAGUGCAGACGUAUGUUAUAGACAGUUUGCGGCAUUUGCAGGACAGGCAAUUUCAAGGACUAAGUGUGUCAGCGGAAAGAUGGGUGAACGUUGUGGAGGUACGGCCUGGGCAGCCGUUGAAGGACUACCUCACGUCCAAGAAGGCGGAAGGUUACACCAUCGUAGCAGCGGAACAGACGUCUUCGAGUAUACCUCUCCAGUCCUACAAAUUUCCAAGGAAAACACUGCUUUUGCUCGGGCAUGAAAAGGAAGGUGUACCGUGUGAUCUUUUGCCAUACAUGGACGCAUGUGUUGAGAUACCACAACAGGGUGUGGUGAGAUCGCUCAAUGUACACGUCACAGCCGCCAUUUUUGUUUGGGAAUAUUCAAGACAAAUUAUACUCUAAAUGUGGGCUAAAUUUUUAUAGGCAGUUGUGUGUACAUAAUUUAAAUGCUAUGUAAAAUAACUUGAAAAUUAACUUAUAGCAUAUACAUAAAAGUGAUUAAACAUAUCUAUAGCUUAAUCUUUACUGGAAUUAAAUUUUAAGUUUAGCACUCUAUGUCCAUUGUAAACUGUAUAUUAUUUAUACCAUUGUGUGUGCACAUAGUAAUUUUUGUAAUAAAGAUUGUUUAUUAAUGUAAUUUUUAAUUUUGUGUCAGUUUAAAGAAGGAAUUUAAGAAAUUCUUAUUAAUGAAUACCAAUACAUUGUCUAGUCACCUUGAGGUUUCAUAAGUAAAUGACAAUCUUAAUUGUAUUAUUGAAAUCAUACAGCAGUUUUG